AUGUGGCUUGAGAAUCUACUUGGAUAUUGCCAGUCACCAAUGAUCAUAUUUACAUCUAUCGAAUAUCAAUCGGUUCUCUACCGGCUUCGUCGAAAAGGAUCGUUGGCAUCAUAUUUUAUUGUUAACUAUUCAACACCGUUACAAAUGCCUCCUAUUCAACAUCUUUUAUCCAUUUUCGAGCAACAACAUAAAAUUGAUCCAGAACGUGGAUAUCAUUCAGUCGAGCUCUAUGCUACUUGGUGUGCUAAAUCGUUCAUGAUAAAUCGGAGUGCUGAGCUGAAUCCAUUUAACACUAACUAUUUUCUCUAUAUUGAUGCAGGAGCCUUUCGAUCAUCUACUUAUCAGUUUCGAUUGUGGCCCCAUAAUGAAAUCAUUCAAAAAAUAUGUGCCGACGAUAGACUUCUUCUUGGCAUGAUAGCUCCACUUCCUCGAGGCUUCUGCCCAUUAAGGUACAAAACAGAUGAAGGACCAAUCAGAAUGGAUCUUGUUGAAGGUGGAAUCAUCGGUGGUUCGGCACGCGUUAUUCACUGGUGGACAUCACUUUUUUACGAGACAAUCAAUCACUACAUUUCAAGAAACUUCUUCAUUGCAAAAGAUCAGUAUUUGAUGAAUGCCAUUGCACUCGCUCAUGCUAAUCGUAUCAAUAUGAUGCUCUCGUUUCGUGUCUCCUGUGGUAACUCAUGGUUCGCUUUCGGACCCCUACUUGCUAAUGACUACGAGAAAACAAAUUUGUCUUAUUCAUUGAAUUGUCGGCAAGAAAGUGCAUCUUCUUCGAUUAUUUCUUUUGAGACUGUUUGCAAAGACGUAAAGAAUCUGAUAUGA